UAUAUACACUUAUAAUUCCAUUAUUUAAUAAAUAUAACUUUUCAAUAUAUUCCCCACAACUGCUCCAUUUCCAACCCCACAAGUAAUCUUACAACUCUAAAAUUCCAUAAAACUUUAUAUUAUAAAUAUAAAGAGUAUAGUACCAAAAUUUUUAAUUUUAUCCAUCCAACAAAAAGUGCCAAAACCAAAGUCUUUAAACAAGCAAAAUUACAAAGUGUCCAAAAGAGCUCCUUUUAGGCCUAAAUCAAUGGCAGAUGAUGGGGAAGAUAUGACCCCAUUUUGGCUACAAAACACCACCAAUCUCCGCCGUACUGAGAGGCUACGCCACCGGGUGUCGUCUCUCUUCUUUAACGCCGGACUAUUGCUCAUUAUUCUGUUGUUGGUGACGGCGAUUUUCUUUGCAGUUUUUGUAGUUCCUUCAACACUAUCUAUGUUUAAACCAACCAAUGUAAAGAAAAGCUGGGAUUCUGUUAAUGUAGUGUUGGUUCUAGUUGCUGUGAUUUUUGGUUUUCUCAGCAGAAACAACAAUGAAGAUAAAAAUCUCAAUCAAUAUCAACAAACAGCUUCUCCGAUUAACAGAAAUCAAGUUCAGAAAUCGAAUCCAUCAACACCAAAUAGUAGAUGGUUUAGUGAAAUUCGAAAUCCGAAUCCAAUAACGCCACGAACAUGGUUCGAUAAUGGAGACCGGGGUUAUUUUAGCAAUAAUGGUGGUGGAGGCGGUGGAUUGAGGAGGAGUUUUAGUUCGUAUCCUGAUCUUUGUGAAGUAUCGCCGCGGUGGAUCACGGCGGAAGAUCAUUGGCGAUUUUAUGAUGAUACUCAUGUGGAUAGUUAUAGAUUUUCCGAUCCCGGUCAGCUAAAUCGCCGUCGUAGCUGGAGAGAAGUUGAUCGCUCUCCGGAACCUGAAACUAAAACUAUUUAUGAAGACCCUUUGAGAUCUCAUAAUGUUCCUACCUUUACUCCACUAGCUACAAUUCCACCGCCGCUCUCACCGCCGUCUCCGCCUUUAGCGCCGCCAGCUCCGGCACCGGUCUAUGAGGAGAAAGUGAUAAGAGCAUCUCAUAGUGUUCCGCGUAAGAAGGAGAGAGCAAGUAAAAAGAGGGAAAAUCAUGAGCGAGAAGCCACUAAAAUUAUUAUGGCACCGGCGACGCUUCCUCCUCCACCACCACCUCCGCCACCGCCGCCUCCAUUACCACAAUAUGUGGAGCCGAGGAGCAGUAAAAGUGAUCGGAAAAGAGGUGGUGCAAGUGCGACGAAGGAGUUUAUAAACUCUUUAUAUCACAAAAAGAAGAGAAAGAACAGAUCAAAAAGUGUUGAUAAUUUUGAUGCUCUUCUCUACAAAUCAGAACCACCUCCUCUCCAUUACCAACGGCCGGCAUCCUCCACUCCACCACCACCACCUCCUCCGCCACCGCCACCGCCUUCUUCUCUGUUUCAAAACUUAUUCACAUCCAAAAAGGCCAGACGAAAGAGAAAUGCACCUCCACCACCGCCACCACCUCCUCCGCCAGUCAAGGCAGUACCGGUCAGGAUAUCAAGACCAAAUACCCCUUUCACCAGAACUCCAGCACCAAAGCCAGUGAAAAUAAGAAGCUUCGACAGUGUCGAAGAAAACCCAAACAGCGGAGGAGAAUCGCCGUUGAUACCAAUUCCACCACCACCUCCACCACCCCCAUUCUUCAGAAAACACGCCUGGAAAUUCGUAGUACAAGGCGACUACUUGAGAAUAGACAGCACCCUCAGCUCACGUUCUGGGUCUCCUGAACUUGAAGAUAUAGAUUCAGCCGAAAACACCCCGAUGGCAGAAGACGCCAGCGCUGGUGAACGGAUAGCGUUUGCUCCGUCACCAUUGUUUUGUCCAAGCCCAGAUGUAAACACAAAAGCUGAAAACUUCAUAUCAAAAUUUAGAGCUGGAUUAAAGCUAGAAAAAAUCAAUUCCUUCAACAAAAAUGAUUUAGGACGAAGCUUAUCAAAUCUCGGCCCAGGAGUAGGCCACAGUUAGAUUCUUUUCUUACCACAUUGAUUGAUUUGUUAAAGUUUUCAUUUUUUUUUUCAUGAUUGAGAUUUGAGGUGUUUUUCAAGUUGUACUGCAUAGAGUUAUUGUUAGUGUACAGAAAAUAGAGAGAUUGUUAAAAAAAAAAAAAACUAUCAUAGGUUAGCGAGCAGGCCGAGGCACUUAAGCUUCCGCUAUGGAUUGAACAUUUGUUAAUUUUGUGUUUCUUUGUUGCAGUUGAUAAGUUGGUCAUGUAGUACUUGACUAGCCUAAGUUAUAAAAGAAGUGUGAUUUUGAAUAAUCGAUCCAUGAUGAUGAUGUAUUUGAUAAGAGGAAAUUAAAUUCGAUCUUGUUGCUAAGUGA